CCGAUAUUUUUUCUAGACAAUCAGUUCUAGUCUGAGACUCGUUGAGCGAGUUUCUUAAUUUUAAAAAAAAAAGAAGAAAUACAAUUAAAUUUUAAAUAUUAACAACGAAACGAAAAUAAAACUUUAAAAAUAAAUUGGGUGAAUGCCUAAUAUUUGGAAUACCAUUAUACGACAGAACUGUAAAUAGCAAUAAUGGGAAGUCUAAACGGUGACGUAAUGGUAAUGCGCAAUGGACGCUCAACCAGUCAAGUAUCGGUAUAUAAUUAUCCAGAACAUUUAAAUCCCUUCUACGAAGAUGAUCAGCACAAACGUUUAAGAUUCUGGAAGAUAAGCAAAAAAGAUAAUGAGGGUCGUAGAAAUAGUUUUUCCAUUGGAAAUCUUAAGGAUAUGUGGGCUUUUAAAUCAUUUCGCAUGAAAAAGAAAUCUUCCACACUGGGUAUUAAUAAAACAUCAGAAAGUCCGCCAACACUACGACGAGAUUAUGUUGUCGACAAUGGCUGGAAUACAUUUGAUCAUCGUUUACGUGGCAGCAAUACACCAUCCAUAAAUGGUGACAGUUUUCAACGUAAUGCAACCUACAGAAGUUCUUUGCAAACAUUGCCAACAAGUAAUGAUCGUAUUGGCUUAAAUCGUAAUGAUGGCUAUCGCAGCACAAUACAAGUUACCCGUUCUAAUCCCCGCUAUCAGCCCCAACAGAAACAACAACAUACAACGGGAGUAUCACAAAACAGAAGGUAUGUUUAUGGUGGGUCAGUAACACCACAACCAUUGCGUAAUACUCGUACAAAUAAUAUUGGUAGAGGCCCAUACGAAUACGAAUGCGAUAAUGUCAUGAUUAGGCGAUCAUCACAAUCCAGUAUGGUUAGCACAAAUCCAUUUGAAUCCGAUGAUGAUGACAAUGAAGACAUCAAUUCGUCUUGCAUGAGAAGUGUCAAUGGUGGUUCUACAACAACUCUAACAUCGCGAACACCACGCAAGAAACGUCGAGCUCCAGCGCCACCAACACCAAUUCACGGUCGCAGUAACGGAGCACCACCUCCAACAAUUCUUAUAGAAUCUAGUCACGAUAAUACCCAUGAUGAGUUACGUAUUAGAGAGGACAUAGAUAUUGCCAAUUUAACAGCUGAAAUAGAAAGCUUUGUUAAAACUAAGGACAACGAUGAUGUCGAAGUGGCCCCGAAGGAAGAUGUUCAAACGGCAACAGUGACAAGCACAACGAAAACGGAAGCUUCCACAAAUAAUGUGGAAAAACUUAAAGUGGAAGAAGAGCUGGAAAUAAAGCCAGCUGCAAAAGAAACUUCCCAAAACGCCACCUCCACCACAGUUAUUAGUGUUAUUCCAACGAAAGAGAACGUAAUGCCGGUAACUAAAACAAAUGGUCAGGUUACCACUGAAAUCGUAACAGUGACAACAACCACAAAAACUACAACAACUGAUGUUAAUAAACUUUUGGAAAAAGAAACCAAGGUGGCUCAAGUUUCAAAUGAAACAGUAAUAAAAACUGAUGAUAGUAAAGAAAUCAAAACAAAUGGAGCGAUACCAAAGAAAUCAAAUAACAUUACAGUGGUCAGUUCAUCAGUUGAACAACAACAGCAGCAGCAGCCAAAAACUACUGAAGUUGUAACGGAUUUGUGCAUAAAAGAAACAAAUUCCCAAGAAGUGUCACACAAACCGGUACCACUUAAACGUCAUACGAAACCUGAAACAGAAGCGGAAGUUGGCCAUGUUGAGUGUAUACACGUUCAUGUAGAAAGUCCCAGAGCCACACCACGCAAGGAACAUCCUAGUGGUGUUUCAAGUUUCAAAACAAACGAAAAUGUUGAAGUCAACGAUACCAUUACCACUAAAACUCCAUUUGUAUUAACCAGUCCUCCAACACCUAGAAGAAAACCCCAACAAACAGAGAGUGAACCUGUUAUAAAAGAAACGGUUAAAAUUGUAGGAACGUCCAUCACAAACGAACGAACUAAUCACGAUUUGACUAUUAAAGAGGAACGUAUUAAUGCCAAACCGGAAAUUUUGGUCAAGCCCACUUUGUCACCCAAACCAGUCACAAAAGAUGUAAAUGGAAAGGUACAUGGUUUUGCCGAAAUACACAAGCCCGUCAGAAAAUUUACAAAUAACCAAAAUGGUCAUGUACGAAGGGCAUCUCGUGAUGAGAGCGUUACACCGCCAACUGUACCCCAUGCAGAGGAAAAGAAAAUUAACAAUUCAGUUUUAUCUCAUAUUAGCAUUAAAACUAAAGGGGAACAAACUGAGGAAGUUAAUGUACCAGAAGUUAAAAAGGUUGAAACUUUAAAAAUCGUAGAAACUUCAACCUCUAGUACCACUAAUGGUCAAACUAAAUCUGUUGAAAAAGAAGAAACAAAGAAAUUGAAAACGGUUAAUUUGGAAACCUCUAUUAACAACAGUAAUACCGUUACUACCCCUGAGUUGCAAAAGCCAGCAGAUGAAUUUGAUUUGUUAUAUAGACCUAAACCUGCCAAUCAUAUGGAAUGGAAACGUUCUACACUGGCUCCCUUGGAAACCAACAUACCGCCCGAAAAACGAAAGUCUGUCAAAGAUAUUAUAGAGUCCAUAAACCGUAGUCAGCGUUUACUCAAUGCGGCAGCUAAUAAAGAUUUCACAGCUUUACAAACUCAAAACACAAUUACCGCCACCAACAACACAUCUGGCCCACAGUCACCAACCAUACAACAGACUUCCGAAAACAAACAAAAUGGAAAUGGAAAUCUAAAUGAAAAUCUUAAAAUCUUAGAUGAGAGACAAAGAGAAAUUGAACAUUUAGUUGAAGAGCUGACUGAAGGAGCAGCCGCCAAUUCUCCCUCACCAUCGCCAUCGAAUUGCAACAACGAAUAUUCCGAAGCUCAAAAACUAGAUAAUAAUGAUAUAUUUCAAAAGUGUAAGGUUAAAAAAGAAGUCUACGAUUAUCGGGAAUCAUCGCCCAUUUCGUCAAAUUUAGAUUGGAAUCCAGUGCCAAAGCCAAAACGUACUAAGCCCGGCCAUGAAUGAAUAUAAGCUCAAAGCUAAAAACGAAAUUAAGUAUUGUCCUUUAAGUUAUAAAAACAAUACAUUAAAAUAUAAGUGUUAUUUACCAAAUAGAGAUAUCUAUAAGAUCACAUCUUGUAUAUUUCAAUUAUAAACAUUUUUUUUAUUAAAAAUCAAAAAAUAGAAACGGGGUUCAUUUGCAAUACUACCUUAACUAAUAGUGAAUAUAUUAAUAAAUUUUUAACUAAUCCUUAUUUAAAAAAAAUUAUCUAUAUAUAUCAUUUCAAUGUCCUUAUUUAGUGUGAUCAAUAUAAAUAUAUUUUUAAUAAUAUAUACUAUACAUAUUUAUAAAUUAUUUCUAUGUAAAAAAAGCAAAAAGUUUUAAAUUUUAACAGCUAUAAAUGUACUUCACAAAUUGUUAUUUUGUUAUCCUUUAGAUGUAUUCUCAAUCGGAUUGUUUUAAUACGGAAAAAUAAAGUAGUGUAGAGAGUACAUUUGAAGUAAAUCUU